UAAAAGGCAGAACCAAAAGACUGGACAAUCUGGAACCAAAAACAGAAUACCAGUUCUGUGUUCAGCUGAGUCGGCAAGGGGAAGGUGGAGAAGGCCAUCCUGGACCACAGGCGAGCUUCACGACAGCUGCACUUGGUCUUCCUCCACCAGAAGGUCUCACUCUCUUUCCAAAAAGUAUGACAUCACUGAAUUUGUCAUGGCAUCCUUUAACGCUGAGGACAGAGGAUGACAUUCGUGUUGAAGUGGAAAGGAAGAGUGUGAAUGACAACGGUGACGAGAGCAGUGUUAUUACUCAAGUGCCAGGAAAUAUGUCCACCCUGAUCAUUAAAGAUCUUGAGCCUAGACAGCAAUACAUGUGCAGGGUACGGGUGAAUACCAGGUCCCAAGGAGAAUGGAGCAACUAUCUGUAUGCAUGGACUUUCAGUGACAGAAUCCCUCCUGCACCAUACAACAUCAAGUUUUCUAACACCACAGACACAUCCUCAGUCAUCUCUUGGACAACUGCUGAGGGUCAUUCCAUCUCCUCCAUCAUCAUCAGCUACAAAAUUUAUGGCAAAGCUGAGUACAACCACAUUGAUAUUAUCAUAAAGAACACCAGCAUUACUCAGUAUCAUCUCAAGGGCCUUGAGCCAAACACUGUGUACCAGGUUCAGAUUAAUGCUCAGAACAACAUUGGCUUGAGCAACCCAAACACAUCGUUUGAACUGAAGACUCUUCCAGAAACUAAAGCUCCAUAUGAAUCAAAAGGAGGCAAAAUGCUGCUUAUUGCUAUCCUUGGCUCCGCAGGGAUGACCUGUGUAACAAUUCUCCUGGCUUUUCUCAUCAUGCUGCAGCUAAAGCGAGCCAACUUCCAGCGCCGAAUGGCUCAGGCUUUCCAAAAUGUGGUGAGGGAAGAGCCAGCUGUACAGUUUAACUCAGGUACUCUCACCCUGAGCAGGAAAGCCAAAAACAGCCCAGAUCCCACUAUUUAUCCAGUUCUUGAGUGGAAUGACAUAAAAUUUCAAGAUGUGAUUGGGGAAGGUAACUUUGGGCAAGUCCUGAAAGCACGCAUUAAGAAAGAUGGCUUACGCAUGGACGCUGCAAUUAAAAGGAUGAAAGAGUAUGCCUCAAAAGAUGAUCACAGAGACUUUGCUGGAGAACUUGAAGUUCUUUGUAAACUUGGUCAUCAUCCCAACAUCAUAAAUCUUUUGGGAGCAUGUGAACAUCGGGGCUAUCUUUAUCUCGCUAUUGAAUAUGCCCCCCAUGGAAAUUUACUGGACUUCCUUCGGAAAAGCAGAGUGCUAGAGACAGACCCAGCAUUUGCUAUUGCCAACAGCACUGCAUCUACACUUUCCUCCCAGCAGCUUCUGCAUUUUGCAGCAGACGUUGCUAGAGGGAUGGACUACUUGAGCCAGAAACAGUUUAUUCAUCGAGAUUUGGCAGCAAGAAACAUCUUGGUUGGAGAAAAUUAUGUUGCAAAAAUAGCUGACUUUGGCUUAUCAAGAGGUCAGGAAGUUUACGUGAAGAAGACUAUGGGACGGCUUCCAGUGCGAUGGAUGGCAAUUGAAUCUUUGAAUUACAGUGUUUACACCACAAACAGUGAUGUAUGGUCAUACGGUGUCCUAUUAUGGGAAAUUGUUAGUUUAGGUGGAACACCAUAUUGUGGAAUGACCUGUGCAGAACUCUAUGAAAAACUGCCUCAAGGGUACAGACUAGAAAAGCCUCUCAACUGUGAUGAUGAAGUGUAUGACUUAAUGAGACAGUGCUGGAGAGAGAAACCAUAUGAAAGACCAUCAUUUGCCCAGAUACUGGUGUCACUGAACAGGAUGUUAGAAGAAAGGAAGACCUAUGUGAAUACUACCCUAUACGAGAAGUUUACUUACGCAGGCAUUGAUUGCUCCGCUGAAGAAGCUGCUUAAGACAGGAGAAAUUUUCAUUCAUCAUUGAUGUACUAAAGAAAACCAAAGCUCAAUCUGCUGGAGCCCCAAAUGUGAUGUACUAUGUAGAACUGUGUAUAGCUCUAACUGUAUAUAAUACAGUAAUACUGUUUUACUACAGAUAUGUAUGUGUUAUCACACAGUA